AAUCUCCCCGACUCGACUGGACUGAACCCUACUGCCGCCGCCCACGCCGGCUGCCUAGCUAUAGCUCGUGCUCCUCGACUCCCGGUCUUCCCCAAUCCCCACGCCCUCCCCCAAAUUCUGCGAGAUCUCCGAGGUUUGCUCCAGUUCCAAGCGAUUCCAUGGCAGCAGCGCGCGCCGACCCAUAGAGACUGCAUCUUUCCGCCAAAUUUUCACCCGGAUUGGACAAAGGAACCUGGCCAUGGGCGGCUGGAACCGCAUCUCCGGUGCCCGGUUCCUGAAGCCGCUCGCCGGCGUCUCUCUCGCCUUCUUGCCCAGCGCCGGCGCCGCCUACUUCGUCGUCGGCUCCGCUAUCGGGUUCUUGGCGAUGCUGCACGCCUCCGAGCCUGAUGUCGGCGGCCAGUGGGCCUCCGCCGCGCGCUGGAUCGCCCUGUCCCGAUCCGUGAGCGCCCACCACCUGUUUCUCGCAAUGCUCCUUCUGUUCCUGGCCGCCAAAGUCUGGCGCCUCAGCAAGCGCUUCGACGCGGUGGAGGGGAUCGUCGCCAACGCCGGCGGCGCGGCCCAGCCACUGCGCGUCAGAGGCGUCGUCUGCACCGUGUGCGGGACAACAGCACGUGCUCCGAAGAAAGGCAGCCUGGGCCCCGCCCUGGAGCGCGUCGGCUCUACUGCUAGCGGCUGCUCCAGCAAGCCGGUUUCCAGGUCGCUGGCUUCCGAACUCGAGCUGGAGGCCGCCGAAACAGAGGAGGAGGACAAUGCGAGCGAGGCGAACGGCGCGGAGGAGGGCAACGUGGAGUGGCUGAGGCGGCGGCUCGCGCGGGAGAGGAGGCUGAAGGAGGUGGCGCUGGAGGAGCUGGAGAAGGAGCGGCGCGCGGCGGCCUCCGCGGCCGACGAGGCCAUGGCCAAGAUCGCGUGCCUGCGGAACGAGAAGGCGCUGGUGGAGCGCGAGGCGCGGCAGUUCCGGGAGAUGGCUCAGCAGAAGCAGAUGUAUGACCGGCAGGUGAUCGAGUCUCUUCAGUGGAUGAUCAGUAAGUUUGGCAUGCAAAGCGGGGAGCCAGAGUAUUCUUUUGAUCGAGGUGUGUCGGAGACAAGCGAGGACGACAGAGACAAGCGGUUGUAGAUCCUCUGCUUCCUGGUAGCUCAAUGUAAUGGCAAUGUUGGCCCGAAGGUGGGGAAGUUCUUGGCAGUUCAGGUUCUUCAUUUUGUAUUGGCGUUCAGCAGCCAUAUAGGGUCCCCCGGGUGCCUGAAUUUUGAUAGCUGGUGCUGUUUGUGAGAAUACUCAAGCAGACAAAACUAUGUAGGAGAGAUAUGUAAUAUCAAUCUGUAAAUAUAUCAUCCUUUGCAAGCUGCUAAGAA